AUGGAUGUCACUCAACACUCAUUGUCAAAUAUAAAUUGUAAGUCCAACAAAUUAGGAAUCAAUGACAAUGUCGACAACUUGAGGGUUGACAAUUCAGGUAAGAAUCCCUAUGAAACUGACAAUAUCACAGUACUGAAUAGCUGUACUAGAGAUCCUCGUACAAUUGCUAGUACUAAUAAAAAAACAAAUUUUGAUAAGCCCUCCAACGAAGUACUAUGGUGGGAUGUUAGGCGAAAACUAGAUUUAAAAGUCGACUGUGACAUAGAGUUAAAUGUAAACAUUUCUAGACAACAAACAUUUACACAUUCAUCGCAAGCCGUUGAUUUUAAAUGUAAUAAAAGUUAUGUUGACGGUACUCUCGAUAUUGAAAAUCAAGAUUCGUACUCUAGCACUAGAGAAAAUGAAUUAAGUUCAUCAAUUAAUGAAAAAGUUCCUAUUGAAGUUUCGGAAAAUGAAAUAAGAACAGAUAAUUUGGUAUCUACAUCAUCUGGAUUCAAUGACUCUGAAAUUCCAACACCAAAUCUUUGUAGAAUAUGUUUACAGUCUGAUUUGGAUGAAUCAAAUAAAUGCAUCUCUCCUUGCUUUUGUCGUGGGAGUAUAUCCAAGGUGCAUAAAACGUGUUUGGAAAAAUGGCUCCUUCAAGCCAGCUCUACUGUUUGUGAAAUUUGUACAUAUGUAUAUAAAACCAGACGGGUCACAAAAUAUUCAUUACUAGGAUCAAUUAAAGCAUGGUUUUUCAGUAGUGAAAGCAUAGAAGAAAUUAAAGAAUUAUUUUAUGAUGGAUGUGUGUUGGUUAUUACAUUACCAUUUAUAUCCUUAUUUUCGUACGUCGGAUUUUCUAUAACCGAGCAUAUUUUCAACACAGAUGUACAGAUAAAAUAUGACAUGGUUUAUCGAGUUGUAUCAUUUAGCGCUUGUUGGGCAAUACUGUGCGCAGAUUUUUUCUUUUGUUUCUGGACUUCUUGCCGAAUACAACAUCAUGUCUUAAAUUGGUAUAAUUUCUACAAAAAUAAUCAAUCGAUAAUUUUAGAAUCGGAACUUCCAGAGGACUCUAUGUGA